AUGAACCUUCCAGUGCUAGUCUUGGCCAUUGUGUGCUCCUUCGGCGUAGCAAGAGGAGCACCAAGCACAAGCUCGUCAUUCGAUAUCAACGCGGAAUGGGUGUCCUGGGAUGAUUCCACGUGGACUUUGAAAUCCACCAAGCCGCUACCAGGGGUAUUUACUGCCUGGUUACCACAGUCAAACGGCUAUUUUGGCCUUGCACAAGGCUCUCUCGGCCCGUUCUAUGAGCGCAGCCGCCGAAAUGAUUCAGAAGGAUGGCCAUCUUAUAGCAAUCCUCGAAGGACGUUCGCCACGGUCACGGGGUUCUGGGGUAGCAAGACUAGCACGCUUGAGCCUGGUGAGCUCGGCGAGAGUUUUAUUUCCGGUGUGCCGCACUUCACCGAUCUGCUCGUCGAGGUAUGCGGUAGUGUCCUCAAUGGGGAUGUAGACGUAUCCGAGAUCAGUGAAUUUGAGUCAACCCUGUCUUUUAAGACAGGAAUACUCACAUGGUCAUAUGUCUGGAGUCCUCCAAAGUGCGAAAAGGGCCGGAAGUUGACAAUAUUUUACGAAUCUUUCGCGUCACUGGCUGAGCGACGCCUCGCAGCCGUGCAACUGGUUGUCUCCAGCGAGCAGGGCCUCGACGACGUACAUAUUCUUGACAUACUGGAUGACCAGUCAGCUUUACGCACAACAAGCGUCAAGACGGAGGUAGACCCUCCCAGUAGUCAGAUUUCCUCUGCUGUCUCGCCAGAUGGGGUCGACCAUGUCACGGCGUAUGUGCUCUCAUCGACGAUUGGGGACGAGUUGUUGUCCUUGAAAGACAAGGACGAAUACUCCAGCGACUUUCUAUCUGACUUCAACGAUCUUCCAAAUUUUGUUGCAGCCAAUUCCUCUGAUAGCGAUUUCCAGUCCGUCUCCUCGACCCAGCGGUAUCGGAUUCAGUCCGGUCUACAGUCCGCAACGGUCUACAAGUAUGCAGGUAUUGCCUCAUCAGAGCAUUAUGGGCUGGAAACAGAGACAAUUUUAUCAGAAGUCUUGUCAUCUGCAAUCAAUCGUGGAUAUGAUGGUCUACGUGAAGAGCACAGCGCCGAAGUGGGCAGACUCAUGAGGGCAGACUUCGUGGCUGAUUUCAGAGAUCCGGUGACAGGAUCGCUCGCAUCAGGCGAUGACAUAGUGCAAGCUUUGCAGAUCACAGCCAUCUCCUCCGCUUACUAUCUCUACACCAGCCUCAUCCCCUGGAGUCCGACGCGUGAUGAGAAUCCGAGCACUUGCAUUGCGUGCAACUCUCUUGCCGUAGGCGGCCUGGUCUCCCAAACAUAUGGAGGCAAAAUUUUCUGGGACGCUGAUCUCUUCGUGGCCCCCGCCAUCCAGGGAGUGCAUCCCAAAUUGGCGAGGCAGUUCUCGCUGUAUCGCAUCAACCGUGCAGAGCAGUCUCGCAGAAACACCGAAAGGCAUGAACUGAAGGAGGGAAGCAUGCUCUACGCGUGGACAAGCGGCCGACAUGGACAAUGCUACAACAUGUCUGCACCUUGCAUUAUGUACCAGUAUCACCUGAAUGCUGAUAUUGCGUUGAGCAUGACCAUGGGUCGGAACACGAGCGGUGACAAGGACUGGUUUGACCAGCACGGGGCGGCAGACGUGAUCGAUGGCGUCGCUUUGGGCCUGAGCGACCCUCGUGUUCUGACACGACGAGAGGACACCGGCCGUUGGGGCAUCGACGUGAUGGCUGAUGCUGACGAAUACUACAUGUGGAUCGCAGACGGUUCCUUCACUGGGACUGCGGUCAGCACUCUGCUACAAUAUGCCUCGGAUGUUCGUCAUGAACGAGGCAUCCCGCUUGAGCCGAACUGGCUCGACCAAAUCGAGAACAUCUCGAUCCCCACUUCGGAAGACGACGUCGUUCUGGAAUUCAAAGGCAUGACGAACGACGUUUUCCCCAAGCAGGCAGAUAUAAUCCUGUCUCACUAUCCCUACGACUACAAGCGGAAUUUCACACUCUCCAAGUACCGAGCUGCGAUGGACUUCUACGCGGUCCGUACGGAUCCAAACGGCCCAGCCAUGACCUGGAGCGUAUAUGCCAUCGUAGCCAACUCCCUAGCCACCUCGGGCUGCGCAUUCUGGACAUACCUAGUCAAGUCGUUCCAGCCUUACAUCCGCGGCCCUUGGUACCAAUAUUCCGAACAGGCAGACGACGAGCCCGGCAUCCCGGACCCACUGACGGGUAACGGCAUCAACCCAGCAUUUCCCUUCCUCACCGGCCACGGCGGCCUUCUGCAGACAUUCACCGCGGGCUUCCUCGGCCUGCGCGUCACACACCGGAACCUGCUGAUCAACCCGUCCCUCCCGCCCCAGCUCCGCAACUUCAAGCCACCCAUCCAGUUCUACAACGGCGCCGUCGUCAGCUUCCGCAUGAACCGCACGCAUACCUCGAUCACGCGGCGCGAUGCAUCUCACUUCGACGGCCUGGUGCCAGACCAGUAUGGCGAGGAGGCCAUGCCCGUGACCAUCGGUCGGGACGUGGACGACCCCGACGCGCGGACGGUUUUCCUGCGGGUCGGCGACACUGCGGUGGUAGAGAACAGGAUGUACGACACUGAGGUUUCUGUGCCGGGCAACAUCUUGCAGUGCAGCGGCGCAAGCUCGACACAUGGCGAGCUGGCGUUCGCGGCAACGGAUGGGUACGGGGGCACCUUUUGGCAGCCCGGUGCAAGUAAUGUCACAGCCGCUCUUGUGGUCGACGUUGGAUCUUCGCAGGCGCGGCGGCCGCUGGGGGCUAUUCAGCUGGAUUUUGCCAUGCGGCCGCCAAAACAUGUCAAGGUUUCGGUUUCGAACAGCUCGGAUUUCGAGCAUGCCGUUGUCCUUGCGGACCAAGACGUUGGCAUAACGAAGCCGUGGAUCCCGGACUCGGCUGUGGUGAAAUACGCGGGAAACAUCACCACCAUUGAACUCGCCGGCGCGAUCUGGAGCGGUGGAUUUGCGAAACUAGAGGUCACAGGAUGCUGGACAGAUGAUGGCGAUGGGUCCACGGUUGCCGAGUUUGCGCUCUUGGCCGCAGAUUUCGAGCAAUGA